AUGUCCAAGUCCGGCUCAACUGAUAGAGAGAAUGCAUCUGCACGAGCUACGAGUCGUAGUAGUUCAGCUCCGGGUCUCGAAAAAUUGAAAACCGGAGCACAAGUUACAGUGGGGAAUCAUAAAGUUGAAGUCAUCCAAUACCUGGCGGAGGGCGGAUUCGCACACAUUUACAUUGUAAAGUUCUUAGAAGUUGUCAAUGAACUCGAGUACACGUCGGCCACGUCACUGAAGCCGGGCGAUCUGGCCUGUUUGAAAAGAGUUUUCGUUGUGGAUGAGAAUGGAUUAAAUGAGAUGCGUAACGAGGUCAAUGUGAUGAAGAAAUUGGCCAAUGCGCAGAAUAUCGUCCAUUAUUAUGAUUCACAUGCGUCUAGGGCACGUGAGGGUCCUCAGGGCUUCGAGGUACUUCUUCUCAUGGAACUAUGCCCGAACAACUCGCUUCUGGAUUAUAUGAAUCAACGGCUUGCGACAAAACUGAGCGAAUCGGAAAUUCUCAAGAUUAUGUUCGAUAUCACACGCGCAGUGGCGGAAAUGCACUAUCUGUCUACACCUUUGAUUCAUCGUGAUAUUAAGAUUGAAAACGUUUUGGUAGAUUCCCAACAUAAUUUCAAAUUAUGCGAUUUUGGGUCCACUUCACAAUGUUUCCCGGUGGCAACAACUCACCGAGAAAUCGCGAUGUUGACCAACAACAUCUACGUGCACACAACUCCUCAGUAUAGAUCACCAGAGAUGAUAGACUUGUAUCGGUGUUUACCGAUCAACGAAAAAUCUGACAUUUGGGCAUUGGGCAUUUUUCUGUACAAGCUUCUUUUUUAUACCACGCCGUUUGAGCUCACGGGACAAUUCGCCAUAUUGCAUUCCAAGUACGAAUUUCCAUCCAACAAUUACUCUUCCAAAAUUAUAAACCUUAUUAUCAUAAUGCUGUCGGAAAACCCCAAUUUGAGACCCAACAUCUACCAAACUUUGUAUCACCUUUGCUCAAUAUUGAAAGUGGAUAUCCCGCUCGAGGACAAGUACAAUAUGGGACCUUACGACUUUGAAAGAUACUCAAAAUAUCAAGAAAAAUUACAGCGCAUCCAAUAUCAGAUGUUUGCGUCCAACGACGCCAACCAAGCUGCCUCGAUAUCCGAUGAUUUUUUUAUUAAUUGCUUCGAAGUUGCUCCUAAACAACCCGCAUUCAUGGGCCAAUCUAGCUCUAGCGUUACAGAUACUACUUCCAGCAUGCCUUCGCAAAGAAAGGAUGAAGUUGGUGGUGGUUCUGUUGAAAGCGGAGGUGAGGAAGACAUAACCGUUGUUCAACAACAAUUCCCGUCUGUUGAAGAUUUAGAAUCCUACUUGAGACCGAAUGACACUCAAAGGAAAAGUUCCUCGCAUGGCUAUUACGCCAAUGGUAGUAGCGGUGACCUCAGUUCGCAUUCUUCGAGCCGCAUUGAUCUUCCAACUGAAGUAGCUCCAGCUUCAGCUUCAGCAACUAAAGCACCCGAGGACACCAACGUACAUCAGCAGGGCCAAAGCACUCAACAAUCGACUGUCUCGGUAAACAUGACAAGAGAAGCCACUGCAAGAUCUGUCAACUCCAUCAAGCAUCACAAGUCCACAAAUCCCUUCCCGUUCAUUCAGCAGGACCCCGAAUUCUUUACUCGAGCAAAUGAUAUGCAAACCAUUUCGCAUCCCGUACCCGAACAAAGACAAUUCGAUCCAGAGACGUGGAACCAGCCAGCGGUCGAAUCGAAUAACAUGGCAAACGUUUCAGUGCAUCAUCAUCCCCAGGAGGCGCUUGCUUCUAGUAAUACCAAGUCGAAAGCCCCUAUGCCAGCCAGUCAAGAUAUUAACCCCAAUUACUAUCAAUACUACCAAACUGCCAGUACUGCUCCAGCACCACAGUUACAACCUGUGCAACAAGCUCAAUCUGCUCAGCCCGGGCAACCGAUGCAGCCAAGGCAAGCGGCACAGUCCGCGACCCGUGCAAAUGAAACGUACAACAACCAAUUUUACCAAACACCAGCCUCUCAGUAUGCAUACCAAACGCCUAAUAUAGAAACCCAGGCUGCGCCAGUUGCUGCCCAGAGCGAAAAAGAUGAAGUUUUAAUAGACAUUUCGCCUGCUAAAAAACAUGAGCAGCGACAAAAACUUGAUCUCACGUUUGACCAAUUGAACUUGUCACCGCCUCCUAAGGAUCCAGCCAAAGACGAUGAGACCAGUAUAUCUCAGCAAAGCGUCACGUCCAGCGUUGCGUCCAGCGAAAGUAUAUCCAUGGACCUACGAGACCAAAGUAAAAACCGGCAAAGCGGGAGCGCAAGAGUCACCGGGACGAACCGUGCUAAUCUGGCCAAAGACAACGUAGUGCAAAAGACGAGCUCAUCUGGGGUCGAAUCUAUGGCACCGAAAAGGAGAUCACUGGACUUGAAAUACCAAGAAGUGGAUUUUUCGUCAUCUCCCUCGCCAGACGUCUCAUUGCAACGCUACAAAACCACGCAGCAGCAACAUCAGCGAAAACCCCAUGUGUCUUCAGAUACGCGCAAAUCCUUUGGUAGAGCGAGAAAAUCUCUUGAUCUUGACACUUUGCGGAAAGAAAAUGCCAGUUCUAACGAUGUUUCGAGCAAGAGAAAGUCAUUUUUUGGCAAGUUUAAGGGUUAA